AUGGAAAAUCAAAAUGUCUUCUCCAACAAAAUAAGAGCAUUGACAGAGAUACAACACCGUAAUAUUGUGAAAUUUUAUGGGUUUUGCUCCCAUGCUCGGAAGUCAUUCUUGAUUUAUGAAUUCCUUGAAAUGGGGAGCUUGGCCACAAUCUUAAGCAAUGAAGAAAAAGCACAAGAAUUGGGUUGGAGUAAAAGAAUGAAUGUUAUAAAAGGUGUAGCCAUGCUUCGUCUUACAUGCACUAUGAUUGCUCCCCACCAAUUGUCCACCGAGACAUAUCAAGCAAGAAUGUGUUGUUGGAUUUAGAAUACGAAGUUCAUGUUUCAGACUUUGGAACUGCCAAAUUUCUCAAGCAAGACUCAUCCAAAUGGUCUCAACUUGCUGGGACAUAUGGAUAUGUUGCGCCAGAGCUUGCUUACACAAUGUAUAUUGCUGAGAAAUGUGAUGUCUAUAACUUCAGAGUUUUAACACUAGAAAUAAUCAAAGGAGAUCAUCCCAGAGAUUUUCUUUCCUCAUUUCCAUCAUUGUCUUCCAAUGUGGAUUUAGCUCUUCAUGAUAUGUUGGAUCCACGGCUUGCAACUCCCUCACGUGACAUCCAGGACAAACUCAUAUCCAUUGUAGCGGUCGCUUUUUCUUGCUUAGAUGCCAAUCCGGAAUCUAGACCAACCAUGCAGAUUAUGCAACUAAGCUUCUUUGUCAAAGAGAUCAAAUUCCAUUCUUCAGAGCUCUCUGAUUAA